CUGUUGUUUUGUGGCGUGUUUUGCAGCUGCCUUUUUUCUUCCAACACUGCGCUCCUCAACUUCACCUCCACCUUCACGUCCCCCGCUUUUGUUUCUGUGCACACUGUCCGCCGCCAUGCCGCACGAACGCAACCCCGGUAUUCCCCUUGACCUGAGCUGGGUCACUGAGGGACGCGUGAACCUCGCUGCCACAAAGCGGCGCGCAGACCAGCACAAAGUCCGCCGAUCCGUCAAGAUGGAAUGGCAGGCGGCAUGGCUGCUGCGCGCGGUGACAUGCAUCGAUCUGACAACGCUGUCUGGUGAUGACACGGAGGCCAACGUGAAGCGGCUCUGUUUCAAGGCGAAGCGCCCGAUUCGUCGCGACAUUCUCGAGACGCUUGGCGUUGCCGACAAGAAGAUCACCACCGGUGCCGUGUGCGUGUACCCGAACCGCGUCAACGAAGCUGUUAAGCACCUCGAAGGCACAAACAUUCCCGUCGCCUCUGUUGCCGCCGGUUUCCCUGCAGGCCAGACCAUGCUGAAGCACCGGCUCAUGGAGAUUGAGGAGGCCGUCGCUGCCGGCGCUCACGAGAUUGACAUUGUCAUCACCCGCCCAUAUGUGCUGCAAUCCAAGUGGCAGCAGCUCUAUGACGAAGUCAAGGCGAUGCGGCAGGCGUGCGGUGAGGCGCAUCUGAAGACGAUUCUCGCGACGGGCGAGCUCGGGUCCCUCGACAACGUCUACCGCGCCAGCGUCAUCUGCAUGAUGGCUGGCGCCGAUGUCAUCAAGACGUCAACGGGCAAGGAGGGCGUCAACGCCACGUUCCCCGUUGCCCUCACCAUGCUCCGCGCAAUCCGCGAAUACCACCAGCGCACGGGAUUCAAGGUUGGCUUCAAGCCCGCCGGCGGUAUCCGCAGCGCCAAGGACGCCGUGUCCUGGCUCGCAAUCAUGAAGGAGGAGCUCGGUGACGACUGGACAAAGCCAGACCUGUUCCGCAUUGGUGCCAGCUCUCUCCUCACCGACAUUGAGCGCCAACUCUUCCACUGCGCCACCGGCCGCUACGCCGCAGCACACCAGCUCGCAAUGUCCUGAGCACAUGCGCAUGCACACGCGCGUACGCGCACACCCGCUCGCUAGUGAUGCUCUGCCGUGCCACCUUGCUGGCGUUGUUGGUGUGGUGCGGUGUUGUGCUGUGUGUGGUGUUGUGCUGGCCUUCGUUUGUCAUCAGCAUACACUUGGUCGCACGAUUGGAUUGUUGUGCCGUUGCCGCUUCAAACUCCUCAAGUCCUUAGUUUUGUGGUUGUGAUUGUGUUGAACUGUGGUGUUUGUUGUGUAUGUGCCCCUCCAUGUCCCCAAAUCCCCAAGUGUGCGUGAUUCUGUGCUCUGUGCCACUGUUGUUGUCUCUUCCCCUCCCCAACAGCUGGAGUUGCUCACGUCAUCACGCAUGAUGUAAAUGUGUUGUAACGGAAACACGAAGAAGGUUGCAAGUGGGUCAAAAGCGCCACUUCAAAAGCCAUUCAC